AUGAAGGGUCCAUACCCAGGACAAAUACUUUCAGCUGUGGGAAUUGAUGGUAAUAAUGGAACAUAUCCACUGGCUUAUGCUGUUGUGGAAUCUGAGAGUACCAACUCAUGGACUUGGUUUCUAACUUGUCUAGGGGAUGAUUUGGGUUUAGGAACAAACUCAAAUUUUACGUUUAUGACAGACAGACAAAAGGGAGUGUUACCUGCUAUAGCAAAGUUGUUUCCAUGCGCUGAGCAUCGUAGAGCUCAUACAAAUGCUAUGCUUAACAAUAUGUGUGAAUCUCUAAAUAGCAAGAUUGUUGAAGGUCGUGAUGUACCAAUCAUUACAUGUUUGGAGUACAUUAGAGAGUACUUAGUGAAGAAAAUUGUAACUGUGCAAAAGGAAAUUGAUAAAGCUGUAGGUCCCUUGACUCCUACAGCUACCAUAUGGGUUGAAAAACUGAAGAAAGAGGCUUCACAAUUAAGGUCUGUUUUCUGUGGGAAUGGGAAAUAUCAAGUCAGUAAAAAUCUUUUGGAACAAUUUGUGGUAGAUAUGGGCCAAAAAACAUGUUCAUGUAGAAGGUGGGAACUAAUAGGGAUACCAUGUGCACAUGCAAUAGCAUGCAUGUGGGAGAUGUUGAAGAACAAAGAAAUUGAUAAGAUAACCGAACAUUGGGUCCAUCGAACGUAUUGGUUAGAAACAUGGAAGAAUAUGUAUUCUUUUACAAUUCACCCAAUCAAUGGAAGGAACAUGUGGGAGAAGUCUACAUGCCCUACAACCUUACUCCCUCCAAAACACCAUGUGCCCAUUGGAAGACCAAAGAAAAAGAGAAGGAGAUCUACCAUGGAGGUUGAGGAUUUGGUGAAAGGUAACCAAUUAUCAAGAGCACAAAAAUCAGUAACAUGUUCUAAGUGUAACAAAAGUGGGCAUAAUGCAAGGACUUGCAAGGGACAGAAGGCUGGUGGUUCUCAAACUUCAAGGAAUGUUGGUGGAUCACAAACUUCAAAGAUUGUUGGUGGUGCUGGUAGUGAAAAAGUGAAGGUUGGAAGUGAAAAAGUGAAGGCUGGUGGAUCACAAACUUCAAGGAAUGUUAGUGGUGCUGGAAGUGCAAAAGUGAAGGAUGGAAGUGCAAAAGUGAGGGCAAGUGUUAGCAAAAAAGGAAAAGGUGUCCCAUAAAUGUGGCUUUUAGGUGCUUAUGUAUUGUUUUGGUUGAUGUUGACAAACAUUGUCUUCUUUUGAACUAAUUUAUGUGUUGUGAUGGUUAUGUUGAUUGCUUUUGAAAAACAAUGGUGUAAUUAUAGUAUCCA